AUGAAAUUACUAAUAUUUCAAUCAAUUCUGAGCUUAAUUACCCAAAAGAAUAAGAGCAUAUUAGAAAUAAAAAAGGUUAGUUAACUUCAGGAACAUAACUUGAAAAAACUGCAAUUUUUUAUAUUUUAUGUUUUCAGACACCAAACCCAUGCAGAAGUUCCAAAAUGCAGCAAGUACGAAUAGCAAAAACAAGCAAAAUGAAUUCUAGGUAAAUUUUGGAAAAAGUUAUUUCAUGAAAAAUAGAAUUUUCUAAAUUUUCAGAAGAAGUACUGUAUCUAAACUACAGUAAUAUGCUUGGAUAAGAUUAAACAAGAAAUACAACUUCGAUUUCGAAAAAUGGAGUGAGUUUCGGAGGCUGGAAUUUCAAAAUAUGAAAUAAAAUUCUUUUUUUCAGACAAAAAAUUGA